AUGCAAGAAGCAUCAUCUUUAUUAUAUGAUACUGCUGCUGAUAAUUUAUAUCCAGCUUUAUUUCAAUGUUUUACAAUAAUAUUAUGUGGGUACAUAGCAGGCCGAGUAAAUAUAGUAUCUUCAACAGAAUCGAAAGGCAUUGCUACCUUUGUUGGAACAUUUGCUUUACCAUCAUUAAUAUUUCUCUCACUUGCAAGACUUGAUUUUACUACUGUAAACUGGACAUUUCUAUUAGCAAUUUUAUUUGCCAAAGGAGCUAUAUUCUUUGCUGUUAUAUUAGUUACAGUGUUGGUGUCAAAACCUAUACAUUUAGGACGAGCUGGUAUUUUUGCAAUUUUCUGUACACAAAGUAAUGAUUUUGCACUUGGCUAUCCCAUCAUUAAUGCUAUAUAUGAAAAGACUCAUCCAGAGUAUGCAUUGUAUUUGUACUUGAUGGCACCCAUAUCACUUGCAAUCUUAAACCCAAUUGCUUUUGUUUUGAUGGAAAUCAACAAGCAGAAAGAGAGUUGUCAAAAUGCUCAUGAUCCUACAGGAAACAGAAAACCUGAAAUAUCAAAACUAAAAUUGUUUAAACAAAUAGUGAAAGGCAUCCUGUUUAAUCCAGUACUUGUUAUGACAAUACUGGGUAUAAUUGGUAAUAUUGUAUUUAAACAUAAAAUAACAAUUUAUAUUGAGGGAUUGCUGGAGGUCUUUGGCCAAUCUUUCUCAGCAUCUGCUUUAUUUUUACUUGGAUUGAGGAUGGUGGGACAGAUACAUAGAUUGAGAGGCCCAGCAUUGGUACUACCCUGUGUUUUGAUAAUGGUUAAAUUGUUAGUUUUACCGAUGGUGAUGAGAGAAAGUGUGAGUGCUUUCCAAGCGGGCAAUAAUGAUAGCGAGACCUCCUCUUUAUCUACAUAUGCGUUUCUAUACGGAACCAUACCAACUGCACCUGCUGUGUUCGUGUUCUCUAAUUUAUAUCAAUUGGAAAUGGAUUUGAUGGCGUCCUCAAUGGUUAUAUGCACAUUUAUAUCGGCCCCGAUGAUGUUUUUGUCUGCUCAAGUUAUAUCAAUAAACAAAGAUUACGCCGACCAGUUAAAGAAAUUUGGCUUUGACCUUUCCAUUGUGGCUUUGGUAGCAGCUCUUUGGGUUCUAUUUGUGUUUAUUGUAACCAAGAAACAUAAACGAAUGCCUCAUAGGCUGACCCUGUGCUUGAUUGUCUCUCAGAUACUUCUGGCCGUGAGCGUGAUAUGGGGAGGACCUCUGCCCAAUAACAAAAUUUCGUGGUAUUACACGCUGCAAGAGGCUCUGCGCACGUUUAGUAUGUUCUCCUGCUUGCUCUGGACUUCGAUGUUGUCUGUUGGGCUACUUAUGUUAGAGAGUCGCGGCCCUUGCUUCGUGGUAACGCUGUGGCCAGUGUUGGGUUUCGUAGCGUGGGGAGCGCCUGGGGUGAUGACGGCUAUUCUGCUGGCUACUAAAGGUGCCGCGGGCGACCUAGACGGCAGAGCCACGGAUGCCAUCAGGCUGUGCCUUCUAGUAUUUUGUUUGACUGUGACGUCGGGCUGCCUCAUUGUGUACGUCCGGUUUCGUAGACGUAGCGCUCAAUUCGCUACUCUGUCCGCUGAAGUAUCGGGAUCGCCCCCGGAUGAAUCGACUAGUCUCAUUGAAAACAUCGAGCCUGUAUCAAACACCCAGUCUAUAUCAAACAAUGGAUGUUAUGGAACUAUAACAGCUACCCCGUCGCCGAAUAGAAAUAUAAACUCAGGCUGUUGUUCUGACGAUCCGAACUGUCAGAACGGCUUAAUACACAGUCAAGACAUCGAAGAUAUCGGAAACGGCAGUACUCCACCUAAGGACUGCGCUUGCCCUUCAUCAUUGCCGCGUUGCGAUGCCCCCAACGGUACAUGCGUUUACCUGAACGAGUUGGAGAGGGCCGCGAGUCAGCUGGGCCUCCUGCCACCGGAGCAAACUCGCGGGCGUGGCGGACAAUUGCUUAAACACACAGUACUCAUCAUUGCAUACAGUCUCAGCAUGUUUAUUGGUAUCGCAUACACCACCUGGCGGAUGAUGUUAAGGGAUGAGAGUGGAGUCUUCAUAGAAAUAGAAUUCCUAGACAUUGCCGCUAAUUACGGACAGGCGCUUGUUAUGUUCAUUCUGUUUGGACUCGACCCUGAAGAGAUCCUUAUACCUACUGUCAGAUAUUUCAAGAGGAAGUGGUACGGUGACUCCGAAGUGGUAGUGUUGCCAGCAAUCGAAGAUCUCAGUUUUGAAACGAAACAUGUGUGUGACCAGUUUAUAACUCAUCAUCUCGAACGUUGCAGAGAAGCUAUUGCCAAAGAUACAAGAUGGCGUAUGCGUACGUACCGCGGCGUUUUCCGCGGCUCCUGUCUCGUCCGUUGGCUAGUGAAUUGUGGCCUCGCUAAAGACGACCACGAGGCGAUACAGUACGCUAGACAUCUGCUCGACGGCCGGCUAAUAGCCCACGUCAACAGAGCACAUCACUUCACCAACUCGCCGAUGCUAUACACAUUCAUAUAG